UACAGCUGAGAGGCCAAGCAAGACCUACUGCCAACCCAGCCCCGGCUGCCACAGUAAAGGUGAAAUGAUGAAAACUUUUCUUCUAGUUGUGAAUAUAGUGGCAAUAACUCUGCCAUUUUUGGUAACUUCUCAGGCUGCAGAGGUGCAGAACCAGGAGCAACUCGCAUGUUGUGAAAAUGAUGAAAGAUUGUUCAAUCAAAAAAAAGUCCCAUAUGUCCUAAGUCACCCCAUGCUGAAUAACUAUCUUCAUAAUGCGCUCAAUUACUACCAAAAUAGAGCAGUUGUACCAGUUAACCCGUAUAUGUGCCACCCAUUUUAUGCACAAUCUUUCGUGCUUCAGCCACAAGCCCAAAUUCCCAAGUGGCCAGUCCUAACAAAUAGCCACCAGCCUACCACGCAACCUCACCGAACCAGACACUCAUUUAUGGUCAUUCCCCCAAAGAAAAUUCCAGAAAAAGCCACUCUCCCUGUUACUGAGACCAUCGCUGCUCCCGUACCGACUCCCGACCCUGCUGCGGUGCCUGCAGUGAGCCCUGAGAACGUCCCUGAAGUGCCCUCAGAAUUCAUCCGUGCUCCUGAGGCCACCGAAGUCCCAGCCACUUCACCCGUGGCAUAGAAACAGCAAGGAAAUAAUACAGAUUUUGCUGAAACCAAAUGACGAUUUCAAACUUUCCUUCAGCCAGUUUUCAUCUUCAGUCAAGAGAAAAUGUGAUUUUCCACAGAUUCAGCUCCUUUUUCUUCUCCCCUUACAUAC